CUUGGAAUGGAAAAUGGUAAUAUCCUUGAUGAACAAAUUACGGCAUCAAGUUAUUGGAGUAUUACACAUCGUGCUUCGAAUGGAAGAUUAAAUUUCACACCGCGUGAUGAAAGAACUGGAGCAUGGUCAUCGGGGAAUAGUUCGUUUCCACAAUGGCUUCAGGUUGAUUUUAAAAGAUCAACUGUGAUAACUGGAAUAAGUACCCAAGGACGCAAUUAUGGCAAUAAUACUGUGGCUAAUCAGUUUGUUAAAAGAUACACCAUCUCUGCCAGCAAAGAUGGAAAAAUAUUCCGAUCCUAUAAACAGGAAGAAACAGUCAAGGAAUUCCAAGGAAACAGCGAUCGGAAUACUAUUGUCCAUAACAUUUUCUCCCCUCCUAUUUCUGCUCGGUUCAUUCGCGUUCAUCCAACGGACUGGAAUGCACAUAUCUCAAUGAGAGUCGAAUUUUAUGGUUGUAAUUAA